GUACAAUUUAAUUGAGAAACAUCUCCUUACAGAAUGCUACCGAAGCUACAACGAAUGGCAAGCUUCGUAUUUCUUCAGCACCAUACCUUUUCGCUGGGACUCGUGACGGCCGGCUGCUACGUGACACUACGCGGACCGGCAUUGCGUGAGAAUAUAGUUCUGAGCGAAUAUCCUAUUUCCGUUGUAUUGGAAUACUUCAUUUUCUGUAUGUUGGUGGAGAAAUUACAGGACAUGAAUCGUUCUAUCGGAGAUAAGCUUUAUGGGACUGAGUGGAUGCUGCAGCUACGAUAUUCGCGCAAGUUUCAUCGAGAGUAUCGUUCGGAGGCUCUUACGAUCGGUUUGCUGAUAAUGCGCAGUCAACAAAGGAUCCGAUUCACUUUUGGUUCUAUCAACGCAGUGUCGAUGGAGAAAUUCACCGAGUUUGUCUAUUUGUCAUACUCAGUAGUUAUGUUUUUACUAAACAUUAAUUGAUUUGCUUUCAUAUGCUGUUACUAUUUUUCAACUAAAAUUAUCAAUAUUUUAAUGGACUACUUAUUCAUGGCGAUUUGUAUAUGAACUUGAAUUGUGCAAAAAAUGUGAAACACACUGUUUAAUCGUUUGCUAUGACAUAGUCAGUAAAAUGCUAGUUGUAUGAUAUGCUAGUUUACUUAUUUUUUCAAUACCUCACAUCUAAAUCUUCGUUGCAAGUCAAAAACACGAAUCAUUGUUUAACCCAUUAUUAGUUAGGUUUUUAUAUUUAUUUAAAAAAAUUAAGCGUUUUUCUUUAAAACUAAAUUAUAUUGAAAUCAUUUAGGCGUACUAAUAUACUAAAAAUAUUUUGAAUAAAUACCUAGCAAUAGCUUAAAAGCAACAUAGAGUAAAAGCAACUUUUUAACCCUUUCACGCUCAAGGGAAACAUUUUUCCCAUCUACAAAAAUCGUUACCAAUUGUUCAAUUAUUAUUGUAACAAAUUUUUUUUAACGAAAUAUGAAAAUUAAAUGCCUGUCAAAGGCGGUAAAUGCCUUUCUGAACAAAUAAAUAAAGAAAAACUGUAAAAUUUUAUUGCGUCAAAAACACAUACUACUUGUAUUUUUUGCAACGUUCAUUUGUGCUUCACAAGUGCACGUAAUUGUUUCGUGGAAAACCAUAAAUAUUUAUGUACUUUACUUUUCUGGGAAAUUUCAUAAUGUAAUUUGUAUUAGAAAACAAAACAAAAAAUAACCGAUAUAAAUAACCAAACUAGUAGUUUAUUUAUUUUUAUGAUCCAUAAGGAAAAUUUUUUCCUUUAAAUUAUUGAAAACUUACACAUCCUGCUAUGUUUUUCUGGAGAUAUUCUUCUAUUCUACACCCUCAAAAGCUAAAAUAUUCUAUUGUGUUGGCAUUUUUAGUAUUGGAUAGCUUAUGGUCCUGAAGGGGUAAAAUCUUAAAUAAUUUAUUAAUGCAUUUCAGUUCUUACUGCAUCAUUUUCUUACAGCGGCAAAUUGUUAGCGAUACACUGCAUUCAUUUAUUCCACUCCAUUCAGAAUGCCAAUGCGGUAACGUACGUGAGGUUGCGUGCAUUUGUUUGCAUCUUUUUGUUUUCUUCAGAUUAUUUUCCUUUCCUCGUAAGAACGGUUCACUUUGUGCAUCAUCUUAAGCACCAAUGCCGGGUGUUUGUGGGUCAGUCGGCUAAAACAUGCUUACUUUU